ACGACAUGCUACGUCUUUUGACUACAUACCUAGGUACGUUCGCCACUCUGCAGGCGCCUGCUGUACUCGACCUUUGAGAAUGACGUCUCCCUUGCCUCGAUUGUUAGCGUGUUUCAUCUUUGCUCAUGGAUCUAUGUUUGGAGUUCUGGCGGAAGUUUAUUUGCGACUGUGCAGCUCGAGGUUUGUGUGCGGCACUAUUCUCACAUCUCACGCCCUCUCUCGCCUUUCCACGACUGCUUGUGCACGUCGAAUUCUAGGUUCGGAUGACACUUGCAUGGAGAUGACGAUCCCUGCAUCGCGAUCCAUUUCUUUCUGUGAGAAAUCGGUGUGCGACAUUCAAGCCGCCAUCACUGAACCAGCUGUGUACCAUAGCCCGGAAUCGCAAUUGUCCGGGGCACUGUAAUAAUUGGG